CCUUGAUCUCUUUCUUGACAAGCGCGGAAAUGUCGACGUUGUUAGUAAUAGUUUAUUAUGUUUUUAUAUUUACAACAUGCGAGUGUGCAAAAAUAUUAGCUGUUUUUCCGACACCUUCAAUAAGUCAUCAGAUAGUUUUUCGUCCUCUUGUCCAAGAAUUAGCAAAACGCGGUCAUGAAGUUGUAGUAAUAACUACAGAUCCAGCGUUUCAAAGGGGUAAAACUCCUCAGAAUCUCACAGAAAUUGAUGUUCACAAUAUAUCUUACAGCAUUUGGAACGAAUUCGUAACAGCUGAGAAAGGUCAAGCAAAUGAUGCUCAUGCACAUCUAAUACAUAUAUUUGAGCUGUUAAGCAAAAUAUUUGAAGGACAAUUGAAAUCGGACGAGGUGCACAAAUUAAUUUAUGAUAACAAUGAAAAAUUUGAUCUUGUAUUUAUCGAAUCUUUUGUAAGACCAGCUUUGAGCUUUUCUUACUUGUAUAAUGUACCAGUGAUUGAAAUUAGUUCCUUAGGUCCAAUUCACGGGACUUUUGACACUAUGGGCGUCCCGAUGCAACCACUCCUAUUUCCCUUUUAUACUUGCCAAAGAAUGCACAAUUUAUCCUUCCUUGAGAAGAUAUUUGAACUACAUAAUCAGUUUUCUUUCGAGAGAACAUAUAAACUAUUAGAAAAAUCAGAAAAUGAAAUGUUAAAAAGAUAUUUUGGCCCAAAUAUACCUUCGCUUAGUGAAUUGAGGAAUAAUGUGCAUAUGUUAUUUUUAAAUAUACAUCCAAUAUGGGAUUUCAAUCGGCCCGUUUCGUCAAAUAUUUUAUAUUUGGGAGGAAUGCAUCAGAAACCUAAUAAGAAAUUACCACAGGAUCUCAAAGCAUUCCUUGAUUCAUCUAAAAAUGGAGUAAUUUACAUGAGUUUCGGUACAAACGUUAAACCAUCCCUUCUUCCAUCAGACAAGGUUAAAAUAUUUACUACCGUGUUUUCUCAACUGCCCUACGAUAUUUUAUGGAAAUGGGACAAAGACGAAAUUCCAGGACGUCCCCAGAAUGUUAGAAUUUCGAAAUGGCUUCCACAGUCUGAUUUACUAAAGCAUCCCAAAAUAAUGUUGUUUAUAACACAAGGUGGUCUACAAUCAACAGAUGAAGCCAUAACAGCAGGAGUGCCUCUCAUCGGUGUACCAAUGUUAGGAGAUCAAUGGUUCAACGUAGAAAAGUAUGUUAUUCAUAACAUAGGGAUGAAACUUGGCAUAGAAACACUUACUGAGGAAGUAUUGAAAAAUGCUAUAGAAAACGUAAUUGGAAACGAGAGCUAUCGCCUAAACGUAGUUAAGUUACGCAACAUUAUGCACGAUCAGCCGCAAUCUUCUUUGGAAAGAGCUGUAUGGUGGACGGAGUACAUACUGCGACACGGUGGCGCUACCCAUUUGAGAUCCGCAGCCGCAAAUGUACCCUGGAUAGAAUAUUAUGCUUUAGAUCUGGAUCUCAAAGCAUUCCUUGAUUCAUCUAAGAAUGGAGUAAUUUACAUGAGUUUCGGUACGAACGUUAAACCAUCCCUUCUUCCAUCAGACAAGGUUAAAGUAUUUACUACCGUGUUUUCUCAACUGCCCUACGAUAUUUUAUGGAAAUGGGACAAAGACGAAAUUCCAGGACGCCCUCAGAAUGUUAGAAUUUCGAAAUGGCUCCCACAGUCUGAUUUACUAAAACAUCCCAAAAUAAAAUUGUUUAUAACACAAGGUGGUCUACAAUCAACAGAUGAAGCCAUAACAGCAGGAGUGCCUCUCAUUGGUGUACCAAUGUUAGGAGAUCAAUGGUUCAACGUAGAAAAGUAUGUUAUUCAUAACAUAGGGAUGAAACUUGGCAUAGAAACACUUACUGAGGAAGUAUUGAAAAAUGCUAUAGAAAACGUAAUUGGAAACGAGAGCUAUCGACUAAACGUGGUUAAGUUACGCAACAUUAUGCACGAUCAGCCGCAAUCUUCUUUGGAAAGAGCUGUAUGGUGGACGGAGUACAUACUGCGACACGGUGGCGCUACCCAUUUGAGAUCCGCAGCCGCAAAUGUACCCUGGAUAGAAUAUUAUGCUUUAGAUCUAAUUUUACCGCUAUUCAUUCUUAUUCUUAGCGUCAUAUUAGCAGUAGUCUUUUUAAUACACAUUAUUGUAUUAAAAUUAAAAAUUCUACGGGUAAAGCUUAAGGUAAAUUAAUAAACGAAUUU